GAGAGGGGAGCGGCCGCAUUCUGGAGGCUGAAGUUCACCUAGAGACUAUCUGGAGGUGAAAAGAUAGGAGCGAAGCCCAACUCUUGGCUAUCAAGGACAGAAAUACACUGCCUAAAGAAGGUAUUUCGCUGAUACUUUAAGCUGGCACCAUGCCACAGGACCAAGUCAAGACCGAUGUUCCCAAAGCCCUCAAUAAAACCACACCAGGACUUCAGAUAUGGAGAGUGGAGAACAUGGAGCUCGUGCCCUGUCCAUCUAACACAUUUGGACAGUUUUUUGAGGGAGACAGCUAUGUAAUACUUUACACCCACAAGACCAGCAACCACUACUCCUAUGACAUUCAUUAUUGGCUGGGCAAGUCCACCUCCCAGGAUGAGCAGGGAGCAGCAGCGAUAUACACCACGCAGAUGGAUGAGCACCUAGGGGGGGCCGCUGUGCAGCAUCGUGAGGCCCAGGGCCACGAAAGCGCCACUUUCCAAGGAUACUUCAAACAGGGCAUCAUAUACAAAAAAGGUGGAGCCGCAUCUGGGAUGAAACAAGUGGAGACGAACACGUACAACAUUCGCAGACUGCUGCAUGUGAAGGGAAAUAAGCAUGUGGUUGCAGGAGAGGUGGAAAUGAGCUGGAACAGUUUUAAUAAAGGUGAUGUGUUCCUGCUGGACCUCGGGAGCCUGAUCAUUCAGUGGAAUGGGCCCAAGAGUAACCGAAUGGAGAGGUUAAGGGGAAUGAACCUAGCGAAGGACAUCCGUGACCGAGAGAGAGGUGGACGAGCACAAGUGACUGUAGUGGAAGGAGAUGAUGAGAAAUCUUCUGAGGAUGCCAUGAAAAUGAUGAAGCAGGUAUUGGGGGAGAAAAGAGAGAUCAAAGAUGCCAUCCCAGAUCAGAUCGUUGAUGAGAAACUGAAGACUGCCAUUAAACUCUUUCAUAUUUCAGAUGCUGAGGGGAACCUUGUAGUGCAAGAGGUGGCAGUGAAACCUCUCACACAAGACCUACUAAAAACUGAGGACUGCUAUCUGCUGGAUCAAGGUGGAAUAAAGAUCUUUAUCUGGAAGGGCAAAAAGGCAUCAAAAACUGAAAGGGCAGAGUCUCUGAAGAAAGCAGAGGCCUACAUAAAGGCAAAAGCCUAUCCUGCAUCCACCAAUGUAGAGACUGUGAGCGAAGGAGCAGAAUCAUCAGUGUUCAAGCAACUCUUCCAGAAGUGGACAGACAAGGGACAGACAGCUGGAAUGGGAAGCACACACAGUCCAGGGAAAAUAGCCAAGGUUGAGCAGGUCAAAUUUGACGCCACCUCUAUGCAUGCAAGACCUGACUUGGCUGCACAGCAGAAAAUGGUGGAUGAUGGGUCAGGCGAAGCCGAGGUAUGGAGGCUUGAGGACAAUGAGCUUGUCCCUGUGGAAAGGAAGUGGCUCGGCCACUUCUACGGAGGGGACUGUUACCUUAUUCUCUACAAAUAUGAAGUCAACAGAAAAAUGCACUACAUUCUGUACAUGUGGCAAGGGCGCCAUGCAAGCACGGCAGAGCUGACAGCCUCUGCAUAUCAGGCUGUGAUUCUGGACCAGAAGUACAAUGGAGAACCGGUGCAGGUCCGCGUCCCCAUGGGAAAGGAGCCCAUGCACCUAAUGGCCAUUUUCAAGGGCAAAAUGAUUAUUUAUGAGGAAGGAAGUUCCAGAGAAGGCCCCUCCCAUUCUCAGCCACCAGUAAGAUUGUUUCACAUCCAUGGAACGAAUGAGUUCAACACGCGUGCCACUGAGGUGACUUCACGUUCAUCUUCUCUGAACUCCAAUGACGUCUUUGUGCUCAGCACAGAUAAGUGCUGCUACCUGUGGUAUGGCAAGGGCUGCAGUGGAGAUGAGAGAGAGAUGGCCAAAUCACUGGCUGACAUCAUAUCCAAAAGGGAGAAAAAUGUUAUUGCAGAGGGUCAGGAACCAGCUGACUUCUGGGUAAACCUUGGUGGAAAGUCCCAGUAUGCCAGCAGCAAAAGACUUCAGGAUGAGACAACUAGUGUUACGCCCCGGUUGUUUGAGUGCUCCAACCAGACGGGACGCUUUAUAGCGACAGAGAUUACGCACUUCAACCAAGAUGACCUGGAUGAGGAUGAUGUGAUGUUGCUGGACAUCUGGGAUCAGGUGUACCUGUGGAUCGGUAAAGGUGCCAAUGACAAGGAGAAGAAGGAAGCAGUGGUUACAGCACAGGAAUAUCUCAAGUCCCAUCCUGCAGGGCGUGACCUGGAGACACCUAUCCUUGUGGUCAAGCAAGGGUUUGAGCCGCCCACCUUUACAGGCUGGUUCUAUGCUUGGGACCCACAAAAGUGGAGUGGUGGGAAAUCCUACGACCAGCUUAAAUCAGAGCUUGGAGAUGCAACUGAUCUUAUCAAAAUUACUGUCGAUCUGACCCAACCAACCUCAAAUCAAACCAACUCAAGUAACUCAACUCAAGGGGUUAUGAUAGCCCGUCCUGUCACGCAAACCUUCCCUCCAGAGAAGCUGGUGAACACUCAGACAGAAGACCUGCCUGAAGGAGUCGACCCCACAAGAAAAGAGGACUAUCUCUCAAACGAAGACUUCGCCCUGAUCAUGGGGAUUUCUCGGAUGGAUUUCUAUGCUAUGCCGUCCUGGAAGCAACUAAAUGUGAAGAAACAAAAGGGCCUGUUUUAGGAUGGAAAACAUGGUACAGAUUGUACACAAAUACAGUCCUUUUCUACAAAACAGACUUCCUCUCGCUAGACUGUAUGAAUAGUAGUGGUGCCAUGCAAAAACACUACAGUCAGGAUCAUUUUAGAGUUUUUAGAUUUACAUGUUUACAUAUAAUUGCUUUAUUUAAAUAUAUUUUUGCACAUGCAAAUUGAUUUAUUUGAAAUUGCUGUAUUUGAAGUUAAUGUUAUAAAGCAGAAUUGAUUAGUACCUAUAAUUUUAUAACAGAAAAGGAGAUAUGGGAAAAUGAAGCUCGUAGGUCUUUUUUACAGCGAUUAUUGAACCUGCUUUGUGAACUUUGAUUUUAAUCUUUCGUUAAUGCAUCUCAAUGGGAUACCUUCAAGCACUGACUAAAAGCUGCUUUUUACACAAGUGGCUUAAGCACUAUAAUAAAAUUUAAUAUAUUUGAGCCAAGAUAAAAGUUUUUAAGUGAGGUUAAUCAUGUAUAGUGUUAAUUACUGGAGGAGACUGUAUACUGUCUAAUGUGUAAUUUCCAUUGGUAUUAAUCAUUUACUGUAUACAAGAGGCACACCACCUGUCUAAUGGAAAAGUCAAUAAACAGAAAAAAGACCUCA